AGAUUUCUUAUAAAUAGAUGAAAAUCAUCAGUAAAAAGUGCUAUUAAUCUUAAUAUGAAAGUGAAUUGAUCUAAGAAGUCGAAUUAGAUAUUUCAUGUUUUUUUUUUUCUCCAAAAUUUUAUUGUUUAUUUGUUAAGGUAUACCUUUUCGUACUCGAAUUAUUGGUUUAUGGGUUCAAUUGAAAAUAUUAAUUAUUAAAUUAAAUUUGUUUCAUUCUGAUGUUGAUGUAAGUGAAGAUGAAAUAAAAGGCGAGAUAAUAUCUACUCGUAUUUAUAUUUUUCUUCUUAUUCUUUCAAUUUUAAUACUCGCUAUUUAUCGAUUACAAGUGACAAUUAUUCAAACAAUUACUGUUUCAUCACCGUCCUAUACGAAAUAUCUCGAAUUAUAUGAAAAUUAUUCUUCUUCUCUGGUAUGUCCAUGUACAAAUAUUGGAAUUCCACAAGGAAACUUUAUUGAUAUUAAUGCUACUUUUCAUCAAGUGUGUCAAAGUGAUUUUAUAAGCGAAAGUUAUUUAUUAUUUCUAAAAAAAUCUGUAUUAGAUAAUCUUAUUAUAACUGGUCAAUGUCAUUUACAAUUUAUCGCAUCAUGGUGCCGUUUGGCGGACGAAAGUUUAAGAGAUAAUCGUCUUGUAUUUAAUAGUCAACAAUUUAUAACUCAAGAAGUCUUAUCGAUUGAAAUAUUGGAGAAAGAAGUUCAAUCUCUUGCAAUCGUCUUUUUUACAACAACAAUCAGCAUAUUUGUUCGUUCAUUAUCGAUUGCUUAUGAAACAACUCAUAUGAAUGCAUUACAGAGUGGUUUAAAAACAAAUUUCUAUCCUCAAAUUAAUGGUGCCUAUCCAUCUUUAAAUGAGGUAACAGUCUCUCACACUUAUGCUCCAAAUGCAUGCAGUUGUAAUGUAAAUCCAACAUGCACAGGAUCAAACUCAUUUCCUGUUCCAAAUAAUUCCGGAACGCUUAGGUUCACUUUUCCAGGAUUAUUAACUGGAUGUUAUUUAGAUGAAGCAACUUUGCAAUCAAAUCUUCAAUGUUAUUAUAGACAAACUUGUUUAGAUACAGUUCAUUCUUUCAUUCAAUCGACAUUAUCUUUUAAUGCAACUGCUCUUAAUCAACCUCUCAAUAGUCAAUAUAAUGCAAGUUCCCUUAUUAGUCAUAUAGUUGAUAAUAUGAUGUUAGAAAAUUGGACAGCUGUAGCAUUUCAUCAAUCAUUUUAUGAAACUUGUCAACCAUCAUUAUGUACUUAUUCUUAUCAAACUCGAAAUAGUAUUUCAAGUGUUAUUACGAUUGUCAUUCAACUUGUUGGUGGAUUAACUAUUAUUCUCAAAAUUUUAGUUCCAAAAAUUGUUAAACUAUUUCGUUCACGACCUUGUAUACGUCAUGAAAAUACCACACAAGGUUUUUCAAUCAAUCGAUUAUUUGUUAAAAUAAAAGAUUUUGUAAAAAAUUUCAAUUUAUUUCAUUUAAAAAUAUCGUUCAAAACAAAUUCACAGCGACAAUUUCAAUUAGAAGUGAUAUCAACACGUCUCUUUAUCAUUCUUUUUAUUAAUUCAUUAACAAUAUUUGUUAUUCUUAUUUCAUUAAUACCUAUAAAACGAACAAUAACCUUUGAUAAACCAUCUUAUGAAAAUUAUUCGAUUUUAUACAAACAACAAAGUCAAUCUCUUGAAUGUCCAUGUACAACUCUAUCGAUUGAAUAUAAUCAAUUUGUUCAAGUGAAAGUUAAUGAAACUCAUCAAAUAUGUCAAAGUAUCUAUAUAACAGAUCAAUGGACUUCAUUCAUUUCACAAAAAUCAGGUUCGAUUUAUGGUACCGAUUUGCGAACAAUAGGAGUUCUGCUCUUUGAUGCAUUAGCAUCGCUAUGCACUCUUACUCAACAGGCAAUUUCUGAUGAACUUAUUGCAUUUCAUGCACAACAAUUUGUAACGCGUUAUGUCAUAUCAUUCGAUUUAUUUCAAGAACAAAUUAGGUCGUCUAUUGAAUAUUUUAUCACAUCAACAACACUCAAUUUUAUCCGUUCUUUACAACUCGUACGAGACACAACUCAAGGCAAUACACUUUUUGCUACACGUGGAACAAAUAUGGAGUUUUAUAUUAACGUUUUCAAUAAUAAGACUGUUAUAUUAUCAACAGCCUAUAGUUCUUACAAGAAUUCAUUAUCAGUUUGUACAUGUCAGGAUACUUCACAAUGUGUUAGUCAAUUAAACAUUUUCAAAACUCCAACAACUGUUAUUAUAUAUACCCUUCCCAGCAUGUAUGUCGGUUGUUUUAUUCUCGAAGCUUUACUUCAAUCAAAUCUUAUUUGUUUUUAUAAUCAAUCAUGUAUUAAUGAUCUUCGUUAUGCUCUCAAUUCAUCUAAUACAAAUUUACCUACAUAUUAUACUAAUAUAAAUACAACAGCAUUGGAUUUAACAUUACCCAGUCAAUAUCAACCAAAUA